AUGCGCUCCACCUCAGUUCUCGCCGCCUUGCUGGCCUCUGCCCCUGGCCUGGCCCUCGCAUCCGGAUAUCUGGGCUUCGCUCUCGGUUCGAAGCAGCCGGGCGGGCAGUGCAAGUACCAGGCAGACUACGAAGCGGACUUCAGGGCCAUCCGAGAUGCUUCGGGAAGCAGCAUUGUCCGCAUCUAUGCUGCUGACCAGUGCAACACUGCUCAGUACAUUCUUCCUGCGGCCAAGAAGGAGAAAUUCCAAGUGAUUCUGGGCAUUUGGCCCGAUACCGAAGAGUCGUACGCCGCCGACAAGGCCGCAAUCCUGAAGCACACGCCCGGCUACGAGGACCAACUCUACGCCAUUACUGUCGGAUCCGAGUCCAUGUACCGCGGCAACUUCACCGGCACCGAGCUGGCGGACAAGAUCAAGGACAUGAAGAAGGCGGCCCCGCUCUUCAAGAUUGGUACCGCGGACAGCUGGAACAAGUACCAAGACGGCACGGCCGAUGCCGUCAUCAAGGAAGCCGACAUUCUUCUGACCAACGCCUUUUCCUACUGGCAGGGUCAGACGCGCGACAACGCCACUGCUUGCUUCUUCGACUCCAUCAUGCAGGCGUUUGGACGCAUCCAGAGCGUCAGUUGGCCCAGUGAAGGUGCAAAGUAUCAGCAGGCGAUCCCGGGACAAGACAACGCUCAGGCUUUCUACGACUCUGGUGUCUGCGGUAUGGUUAACUGGGGCUUCAACGUGUUCUUCUUCGAGGCCUUUGACGAGCCCUGGAAGCCGCAUGCCAUUGGUGAAGAUGGCAGCGAGGCACCCGAGACUCACUGGGGCGGAAUGAAGGCCGAUCGUGCCCCCAAGUACCCCCUCAGAUGUUGA